UAUAAGGAGAUAUAAGGCGGGAGGAUUGAAACUGAUUAGCAUACAGGAACAGCUGUUUGGCGGGUCCCGGACGUGUCGACCAGAGGCCUCCAACCUUCAAAGUUCACCUACCUCAGUCAAGUAACAACUGAAAUAUAUUGAAGACACUUCGAGACAUCAAUGCGAGUAGAACUCCUCAUCUUUGGUUUGUCAACGAAGUCGAUCUUGCAGCCCAGCAACUUCCUAUACAGAGCUGCUUCGUCGAGUUUCAUUUUCUCCAGGAAAAACAAUUUUGUUCACCCCAAGACGUCCAUCACUGGGUCUUCAAGAAACAUGUCAGAAGGCGGAGCCUGGACGCCAUCCUGGUACAAGGACAGUUGGGGAGGUAAUCGAGGUGGUGGGCACAAUCAGCGAGGUUCCCACAGCAGAGGCGGAGGACGUAACCAACGAGGUGGGCGCAAACCAAACCAGCGCACCCACCAACCCACGGGCGGACCUCCCAAGAUGACGAAAAUAGAAUCAGGCAGUAAAAUUCUGAGUUUCGGAGCAGGGAGUAAAGAUUUCUUGGAACAGUUAGCAGACCAGAGGAGGAGCGUUUGUUCCUCGGUUAUGGAAUUCAACUUCAAUGAGAGAAGAUGCAGGAAGCUGUCCGUGAACCGGGAGUUUAAACCUGACUGUGGUGGAGUUGUAUACUGGAUGUCCCGGGACCAGAGAGUACAAGAUAACUGGGCCAUGCUGUAUGCCCAACAGUUGGCCAUGAAACACAAGGUCCCCCUGUACGUGUGCUUCUGUCUGGUGCCAAAGUUCCUGGAUGCAAACAUCCGACAUUACGGGUUCAUGCUCAAGGGGCUGGAGGAGGUGGAAAGGGAGCUGACAAGUUUGGACAUCAGUUUCCAUCUCCUGACUGGCUAUGCUGUGGACGUCCUUCCUCAGUUUGUUACAGAGAUGAACAUCGGAGGGGUGGUAACAGACUUCUCACCUCUCAGGACACCCCUGAAAUGGGUUCGCGACGUGACCGCUAAACUACCCAGGGAUGUCUCUUUUGUCCAGGUUGAUGCUCACAACAUCGUACCGUGCUGGGAGACCUCCGACAAGCAGGAGCACAGAGCGUACAUCAUCCGCGGGAAAAUCAUGGACAAACUGCCGACCUACCUCACCGAGUUUCCUCCUGUGUGCAAGCACCCCCAUCCUUCUCCAUCAAAACCUCAGCCAGUAGACUGGGUUUCCACCAAGGCCAGCCUGGAGGUGGACAGGACCGUUCCCGAGGUAACCUGGGCCAUGCCCGGCUCCGUGGGGGGUCUGCGUCAGCUGGAGCUGUUCUGUAAGGAGAGACUGGAGGUGUACUCUGCAGACAGGAACAAACCAGACCACAAGGCACAGAGCGACCUGUCUCCAUGGUACCAUUUUGGCCAUGUAUCAGUACAGAGAUCUAUCCUGACUGUACAACAGUUCCAGACUGAGCACAGUCAGUCAGUGGAGAAGUACAUCGAUGAAGCCGUCAUCUGGAGAGAGAUGGCAGAAAACUCUGCCUUCUACAACCCUGACAGAUAUGAUUCACUUCUAGGUGCACCUGACUGGGCCCAGAAGACCUUACGUGAUCACGCAGGUGACAAGAGGCAGUACAUCUACAGCCGCGAGCAGCUGGAACAGGCCAGGACACACGACGACCUCUGGAACGCUGCUCAGAUCCAGAUGGUCCGAGAAGGAAAGAUGCACGGGUUCCUGCGGAUGUACUGGGCUAAGAUGAUUCUGGAGUGGACACCCUCUCCUGAAGUUGCUCUAAAGGAAGCCAUCUACCUCAAUGACAAGUAUAACCUGGAUGGAAGGGACCCAAAUGGAUAUGCCGGUUGCUUGUGGGCCAUAGGCGGGCUCCAUGAUCGCGACUUUCAAGAGCGCCCCAUCUAUGGAAAAAUCCGCUUCAUGACGUACUACGCAUCCAAGCGCAAGUUUGACGUACCUGGCUUUGUGAAGAGAUAUGGAGCUAAGGCUUACUAAAAGUAAUGUCAAGAUUA